AUGGCGGACGCACUGCUCUCGACUUCGCUUCAAGUUCUAUUCGAGAGGUUGUCUUCUCCAGAGCUCAUAAACUUCAUUCGGCGACGGAAUCUCAGCAAAGAACUCCUUAACGACUUGAGGAGGAAAUUCUUGGUUGUUCUCAAUGUGCUCAAUGAUGCAGAGGUGAAGCAAUUUUCAAACGACCAAGUCAAAGAGUGGCUGGUACAGGCUAAGGAUGUUGUGUAUGGUGCGGAGGACCUGUUGGACGGGAUCGCUACCGACGCUUUGCGCUGCAAGAUCGAAGCUGCGGACUCCCAAACCGGUGGAAUUCAUCAGGUGUGGAACAAGUUCUCUGAUUGCGUUAAGGCUCCAUUUGCUACUCAAAGCAUGGAGUCCAGAGUGAAGGAGAUGAUCGCUAAACUUGAGGCUAUUGCUCAAGAAAAAGUUGGGCUUGGCCUGAAAGAAGGUGGGGGCGAGAAACUGCCACCAAGAUUACCAUCCACUUCUUUGGUGGAUGAGUCCUUUGUGUACGGCAGGGAUGAAAUUAAGGAGGACAUGGUGAACUGCUUGCUUUCUGAUAACGAAAGAGGCAAGGAGGACAUAGAUGUGAUCUGCAUAGUUGGCAUGGGCGGCACCGAAUUCAUAAAGGUUCCUCCACAUAAGAUGUAUCUUCACUAA